ACAGUUGUCAAAUUGACGUUCGUGCCUCGUCGUGCAGUAAAUUGGCCGAAGUAUAAACGCAUUUUAAACGAAGCGUAUUGCAGAAGUAAAAAAGUUAACUUCACUGUGAAAAGAAAUUGUAAGCUUAUUGUGCGUUAGUACGAGCGUAAAAAUAUUCAUAUAUAAUUUACACAAACGCAAAAACGAAAGCUAAAUUUUAACGCGAUUACGGCAGCAUCGUGUGUGCAUGUGGAAAGCAUUGUAAUUGCAUAAAAAACCAAAGUGCCGAAGUGUGCAACGUUUCUUUGACUUUGUGUUUUUGGCAUACGGAAAUCGGAACUCUUUUUUUUAAGAUUCGUUAAAUCAACUAAUUAAAGCUUAAAGCAACUCCUGUGGAAGUUGUAAAAUACGUAUAUACGUAAAAAGAUUGAAAGCGUGCUCGCAAAGCGCUGCGCGGAUCCAUCAUAGUACGCAUCAUCGUUGUGGACCGAAUCGACCAAGGCAGAAGAAACAGCAGUGGAGCAAGAAUUGACAGCGCGGAGCAACUAAAAGGGGCGCGAGCGAAAGUGCCACUUGUCCACUAAUUGUUGUGCAGUCGAUAGUAGCAGCACAACGAACAACAUGAAUACCAACAGCAAUAAACGCAAGAACCGCCCCGGUGGCGUAUCAAGAUAUGUGACCGACAAUCGGCAGCAACAACACCAACACCAACACCAACAGCAGUCCAACAAAGGGCGGACACAAGCGCAAGGCGUCUAUAAAAAUACGCAUUUCAUACAUGCCGCCACAGCGUUAGUGGGCAGCCUUGUACAGGUGCGUCUGCGUUCGGGUAAUAUUUACGAGGGCGUCUUUCACACAUUCUCGCCUAGUUUUGAUGUGGCACUCGAGCUGCCUUUAUGUAUUAAAACUAAUAAAAAUGAAGAUGAGGGUAAACAUGUGCCGAAUCAUAUGAUUUUCCCCUGUGACACUGUAGUGAGCAUUUCAGCGAAAGAUUUUGAUUCACGAUAUGCCACAACAAAAACAUUCGCUACGGAUGGCGCCAUAUCAGAAAAGUUCAAUGGCAUACGAUUCGAGGAGAAAGAGUUGGAGCCUUGGGAUGCGUCUGGCAUGAAUGGCGAUGUUGAUAUAGAAUUGGAUGGCGCGUCUAAUGGUUGGGAUCCCAAUGACAUGUUCCGCCAGAAUGAGCAUGUCUUUGGCGUUCAGUCUACAUUUGACGACUCCUUGUCAACUUACACGGUGCAGCUUGAUAAGGUCGACUCUGAUGAGUUCAAGGAGGCAGAAGCGAAAGCAGAGAAAUUGGCUGCUGAAAUCGAAAAUAAUCCUAUUUAUCGUGAGCGUGUUGAUUUAGAGAAUGGGGAUGAGGAAACUCUUUAUGCUGCUGUCGAACGUCCCGGCAGCGAGGUGGAGCGCGAACGUGAACUUGAACGCGAACGUGAGCUAGAGCGUGAACGAGAGCGCGAACGAGACCGCGAGCUUGAGCGGGAAAAAGAACGUGAACGUGAUCGAGAGCGGGAGCGAGAACGAGAACGGGAUCGCGAGCGUGAGCGUGAACGGGAACAGCGAGAUCGGGAACGAGAUCGAGAGCGUGAUGAUCGUGAACGCAGUAAACGUGGUGGUGGUGGAGUUAAUAGUGGUGGCGCCUAUGAGCCACGGGAAGUCAUGGCGGAGCGUUAUAUUACUAAACCGACGCGUAGCAUCACCGGACCGCCACCGCCUGUUGCCAUGGCAUCAACAAAUACAAUAACAACUUCGUCAACGGCAGCGGUGUCGUCCCAAACUAGCGGCAAUGGCCCAACACAACGCUCUCAUAUAGAACGUAGUGCUGGCGGUAACAGCAGUGUCGUUGGUGGCGAUAUGGUGGGUGGCGAACGCAUUAUGAAUGCGCCGCCACCAACAUCGUCAAAUAUAGGUCAACAACAGCAGCAGCUGCAGCAAACUAACUCAACUCAGCCGGCUGCUGGCGGUAUGGCAGGUGGCAUUAAGAGUACGACAGCGCCGCCGUUGGCUUCAAACACUGGCUUGAGCAGUGGAUCGGACGGUGGCAACAAGUAUGGCGGUGGUUCGAUGAUGAAACGCAAAACGGUGCCACAGGGCAAGCAAAUGAUGCGCAAUACGUCAACCACAAACAAUUCAAACACAUCGUCAGGUGUGGGCAGUAGCAGUGGAAAUAUGACGCAAGGCAGCAGUGGCAAUCAGUCAAGUGGAGGCAAAGGUGGCAAUUACCAGCCGAUGUCGAUGCAAAAUCAGUCGUCAUAUCAAAACUAUUCGCAAAUCAUGCAUGGGUCAAAUCAAUAUCGCAAUCAAUCACAUAUGGGCGGACCGUCAAAGAUAAAUGGCGACUCUAAUGCAAAUCCAGGAAAACCAAUGCCGCAGCGUGGUAUGCGCCAGUACCAAGGUGGUCAAUCAAAUUCUUCGUUGAAUUACAAUGACUCACAGAAUCAGAUCUCUAUGGGCAAAACUCACGGUCCACCACAUGGCCAACAGCAGAUCGGUGGACCAAUGGUCGUGAACAAUAGCACGUCACCACCCCUACAAACGGGCGGUGGUGGUCCUCAUGGUCACGGACAGUCACAAAGCGGUGGUGUGGUUAUGUCUGGCCCACCUAAUCAGCCACCUCCACAGCCACAGCGACAAAUGCGCAAUCAGAUGCAGGACUUGCGCCAGUUUGCACAAGAUUUUCAGUUGGCAAACAGCGCAUCAACAUCUCCUCCACAACAACCACAACAAUCACAGCUGCCGAUACAGCAGCAACACCAACAGCAACAAUCGCAACAGCACUUGAAUAUGGGUAAAGGCGGUGGACACCAACCACAGCCUUCGGUAUCGCCGCCACAGCAGCAACAGCAGCCACAACAACAGCAAGUUGUUGUGCAGCAACAACAACAACAGCCACACAUGAAUAUGCAGCAUGUACAGCAGCAGCAGCAUCACGGGCAGCAUCACGCCCCUCCACCGCAGCAGCAGCAAGCGCAUAUACCACAACAGCAACAGCACUAUGUGCCGUCGCAUUUGGUGCAGCAGCAGCAGACACAACAGCAAGUGCAGCAGCACCUGCCAACGCAGCACGUGCAUCAGCAGCAGCAGAAACCGCAUUUGGACAGCGGUAACAUGAUGCAUUUAUCCAAACAGCACCAGCAACAACAGCCGCCACAACACCAACAGCAACAGCAACACCAACAUCAGCAGCAGCCACCUUCGCAGCCGCCUACACCUUUGGCGCAGGAGCCGCCUCAGCAGCAAGUGCCACAACAAGGUAUGUACCAUGUACCGCCGCCGCAGCUGGCACCGCCGCAACAACAACAACCACCACAAAUGCAGCCAACGUCGCCACCAGUGGUAGACACGCCGCCACAACAGCACCAACAGCCGCAACAAGCGGUGCAGCAGCUUAGUAAAUUAGAUACAACGCCAGUGACAACAGUCGCACCGGUGAGUGUCGCUGUGGCAAAUACCGGUGGUGAAAAGGUGACCACGCCUCCGGGCACCGCUUUAGCAUCGACUGCGACGAGCGGUACCAACACCACCGGCACGGCGACUGUUAAGAAGGCGCACGUGCUGAAUCCGUCGGCAAAGCCGUUUACGCCACGCAGCCCCAGCACACCGAAUCCUUCGCGGCCGCAUACACCACAAACUCCAGUGCAGCUGCAAGGCAUCUAUACGACUGGGACGCAUGUGCAAGCGGCUAGCCAGACGCCCAUGUACGUCAUGCAAUCACAGCAGCCCGCAUUCCAAGCGCCGACACAUCCACAGACCGGCCAACAGCCACGAAUGCGUAGAGGCAAUUACGGUCCGAUGGCGGCAUCGCAAACUCACGUUUCGGCCACAACGGCUACGGGACAGCCUUUGCUGGCAGCAGCGCCGAUACAACAAUUCAUACAUUAUCAACAGACUCCACAUGCGCCGCAUUUCCAAUCACAGCCCUAUGUUAAUGUGCGUAUGUACGAACCACCGCCACAACAGUUGCAAUUCAUCACGCAAACGCCACCAUCGACCACGCCUUCACCCGGCCAACCACAUCAGACGUUCCAUCCGCCACCACAGCCUUCUCCUGCGGGCGGUGGCCCACAGCCUACAUUCGCCCCACAAACUCAACCCAUGUAUCCGGUCGUCUAUCCCGUCUUACAUCCAACACAGAUCAUGCCGAAUCACUACUACUCGACGACGCCGCAACAUCCACAACAAACUCAACCGUUUCAAAUAUUAAUGCAACAACAUCCGGCGCAAUAAAAAGCAUAAGCAAUGUUGGGUAGCGGGUGAGCGACACGGUGAAAGAUGAAAUGCGGGAGUGCUGAAAACGUUUUGGUAGGGGACGAAAUCGUGUUGUUGAUGAAGAAGCGUACUAAAGUAGUAUAGAAAGGAAAUAGAAAACGGAAUAGUUGGCGAAUUAUUUAUGUUUUAAAUGCCGCUAAGCAACAUCAGUCAACAAUAAUAACAAUAAAAUCAAUGCCUCAAGGUAUUGAUAAAUGAUGCAAAUAUGUUAAAUGGAACUUUGUAAAAAAUAAUUCUCAGAAAAAGUUGUUUUGGAAGAUAACUUAAGGAGAGAUGUGAAAAAGAUGAAAUGCAAAAGCAGAAAAAGCGCUGAACGUUAGCCAAAGCCAUAUGAUUUCCAUAUGUCUUGUCUACGCUUGCGUUGGUGCAAGUGUGCUAAUGAAGUCUCUAGCCAUUUAAUUGUUUGGCGUAAAUCCACUGGAAAUGUUUAGUAUAUGUUUCGCAAAGCAGCUGGAACAUUGGCAAACGCAACAGCUGUAAAUUAAAUAUUUAUUUAAUUUAAAUUGCAACCAAAAAAUGUUUUGAGCAAAUAUUGGCAAAAGUGUGUGAAAGGCAUGCAGGAUUUUUAAUGACAGAUUGUCUAAACCUAUUGUUAUUGUUGUUGUCUUGGAUGUUGCUGUAAUGCUGCAAAAGCGGUUAUCGGAUAUUGAACGCAAAAAGGCGUGAAAUGAAGUCUAAUAAAUAAAAUGAAAUAAAACAAAGAAAAUGCAAAAACAAAAACAAAAUAAAAUACCACAAUUUAAGUUGCAAACCGAG